AUGCUUGGUGAUUAUAGAUCUGGAAAGACAGCAAUAUUUAAUGAAAUUGUAGGCAGAAAAUUUGGUAGUUAUACAAAUCCAUCAACUUUUGAUUACUUUUAUAAAGAGAUAAUGGUUGAUAAUGAACUUGUUGGAUGCAAUAUUUGGGAUACUGCCGGUCAUGAAAAAUUUACCACCAAUUUAAAUAAAUCUUUCUAUCGUGAUGUAAAUUGUUGUGUACUUUGUUUUGAUCUUCACUUUGAAGAUUCAUUUAAAAAUCUUAAUAAAUGGAUGAACGAAUUUCAUUCAAAAUGUUUAGAGAACGGUUUGGAAAAUAUGGAGUUGUUACCACCAUUUGUUUUAAUAGGUACAAAAAGUGAUAUUCCAAGAACUGAUAUAUCAAUAUCAAAUGAAAGAAUUGAACAAUGGUGUAAAAAUAUUGAAGGUCAAGGAAUUAUUGAUAAAGUUCAUUAUUUUGAAACAUCUGCAAAACUUUCUCAAAAUAUUAUAAUGCCAUUCAAUACCAUUACAAAGCUUGCUUUAAAUUAUUCUAAUUCAAUACAAAAAAUUAAAUGA